CCUCACGUGACUAGGUCACAAGUCGUUUGUGCUCGCCCCAAGCGUUAAAACGCUCUGUCAUCGUUGGGUCUCCGAUUUCGCGUCUUACCAACCUCUACAAUGACGAAUUUUUAUCUGCUUCUUUUAUCGGCGUUAGCUCUGACGAGUGAUGCCAUUGUGAGAAUUCCCUUGAAGAAAUUCCGCUCCAUCAGGCGUGAGUUGACCGACUCUGGGAGAAAUGCAGAGGAGCUCGUGGCCAGCAAGCAGUCCCUUAAGUACAACUUGGGCUUUCCUUCAAGUAGUGCACCAACUCCCGAGACUUUAAAGAACUAUCUUGAUGCCCAGUAUUAUGGUGAGAUUGGACUGGGCACCCCCCCUCAGCCCUUCACUGUGGUCUUUGACACUGGUUCCUCCAACUUGUGGGUCCCCUCCAUCCACUGCUCAUUACUCGACAUUGCUUGCUUUCUUCACCACAAAUACAACUCCGCCAAGUCUAGCACGUAUGUGAAGAAUGGGACUGACUUUGCAAUCCAGUACGGAAGCGGCAGUUUGUCGGGCUACCUCAGUCAGGACGCGUGCACUAUUGGAACGCUAUCUGUGGAGAAUCAGCUCUUUGGGGAAGCAAUAAAGCAGCCUGGGCUCACUUUUAUUGCCGCCAAGUUUGACGGAAUCCUCGGCAUGGCCUAUCCACGCAUCUCCGUGGAUGGUGUGGCGCCAGUCUUUGAUAACAUAAUGAGCCAGAAGAAGGUCGAACAGAAUGUGUUCUCCUUCUAUCUGAACAGGAACCCUGACACUGAGCCAGGUGGUGAGCUGCUACUGGGAGGAACGGACCCGAAAUACUACACUGGCGAAUUCAGCUAUGUCAACGUCACCCGCCAAGCCUAUUGGCAGAUCCGCAUGGACUCGCUGCAAGUGGGCACCCAGCUGAGCUUAUGCAAAGGCAGCUGUGAAGCCAUCGUGGACACAGGAACGUCUCUGAUCGUCGGCCCGUCUGCGGAGGUCAAAGCUCUGCAGAAAGCAAUCGGAGCUAUUCCGCUCAUCCAGGGAGAGUACAUGGUCAACUGUGAUAAGAUCCCUUCACUUCCCGUCAUCACUUUCAAUGUGGGCGGCCGGGCCUACAAGCUGACUGGAGACCAGUAUGUCCUCAAGGAAAGCCAAGCUGGUAAGACCAUUUGUUUGAGCGGCUUCAUGGGUCUGGACAUCCCUCCCCCAGCGGGCCCUCUGUGGAUUCUGGGAGACGUCUUCAUCGGCCAGUACUACACAGUGUUUGAUCGAGAGAACAACAGGGUUGGCUUUGCCAAAGCCAAAUGAGUACGAAAUAAGAAAAGAAGCUGCACAGUACUUCAAAUCCACACUGCAAAAGGCAUUUGUCCAUGCUUCUGCACAUGUGCUGCUUUGCAAUCAAACAGUUUUUAGCAAUUGAUUUGAUGUUGAACUAAAAUGCACUCCACUGAACAAGUUGAAGAUGUCUUUUUUUUUAUUGAGGUGAUGUUUUCAGACUGAGAAAGUGGGUGUGUUUGAGCUGUUUUCGUCUUUUUCAUCAGGGAGUUUUAAACCAUAAUCUUAUUGAAUGGAAUUUUAUGGGAAUGUUAUCCUAUACUACUGACCUGAGUAUCUUAUUGUGAUUGGCCUUAAUAUCUAAAUAAACAAUUACAGUUGU